UACUUACAAAACCAAAACUCAUUUAAAGAGUUAUAUGACUUAAAUUGAAAUAGAAUACUGCCAAAUUGUAAAGUUAUGAUGUGAAAAGAACGCGAUUAAAUACUCUGCAUGAUCAAUGCACAUUUUAAAUUCAGUAACGCGCCAAAUGCUGUUUAUCGAAUCGGAACCAGUUAUUGCCGUUUUCAGGAAACUGAACUUUAUCGAAAUGUUAUCGAAAGUGCUUCAAACGACAUGCAUAAGUGUUGUAAAGUACCAAAAUAAAACCAGCAGCUGCGGGCUUGUAGUAAAUUCAACAAACAAAAACAAUAUUAAUUUCCUCGGCAUAAUGAGAUCCAACAAUGGGCAGCAGACCGUCCAACGCUAUCGAGUUAUCAACAACAACAAGAAACUACAAAUAAUAGGCAAAGCCGGCUUAUCGACAACCCAAAGGCAGUCCAACAAACGUUUCAUCCAAACAAAGUUAAGAGGUAGAGCGUCGCAAAACUUUUCGCCUCAACAUGAAUAUCAGGAAGACGAUCUGUCCGCAAUGAGUGACAUGGAAUAUCUGACGGAACCCGAGCGGGAUCAAGCCGACAAUCAGGAACGCGCAUUCCAGUCGAUUGCAUCCACGGUCCGCCCGCUGCUCCAGCUGUUUUCCGAAGAUUCCUGUUCACCAAAAAAGAACGUUUCCUCACUUCACAGUACAACAGUACAGGACGCUUUGCAUGACAAGCGACAGAUCAUAUACAAAGAUAUUCCUCUUUCCUCUGAGGAGGAAGAUGAAGACAGAGCCUCGCUGCAUGAAGAGGAACGUAAUUUAUUUCUGGAAGAUGAGGCGAUAGUUGCAUGCCCUAGGCUAGACAGUCUCAGUCGGUUUGAAUGGUCACCGAAAUCGACCAACAUAUUCCUGGACUUAUGGGAAAAGCACUUAAAGGACAUACGAGGGCCGCUAAAAAAAUCACUCAUACACAAAGAAAUGGCCGAGGAAAUGAGCGAAUAUGGACCAACUCACCGGGAAAUCAAAACAAAAAUGGACAACAUGUCUAGAAAAUACAGGUUGGAAAUGAAAAAGAUUAAGUCCGGAAAACCUACGAAUUGGCGGUAUUUUAAAAGAGUUCAAGCUCUAUUGGUUGGAACGCCGUCUGUUGAUUUUGAAGAAAUCAUUUUUGAUAAUACUGAGUCUUCAACAUUUUUCAAUGCGGACAGCAGCGAUGCAGAGCCCGAAGUCAACAAUAUGUCAGCUGAGGACAGGGAGCCGGAGCAGGAGACAGCUCCAGCUGCAGAGCCUGAGCAAGUACCAGAGGAAGAAGAACGCGUAGAUAAAAAUGUAGAACAGACCCCAGCGGUAUUACCCAGAUCUCAUAGGGAUGAUUUUUAUAGUACACCAAGAGGAGAGCCAACAGAACGAAUGAUGCAUAUCGAGGAACAGAAGUUGGCUGUCGAAAAAGAAAAACUACAGGUCAUGAAGCAUAUAUCCAGAGAACUAACAUCGAUUGGUCAAACAUUAAUUGAGUUGCUUAGAAAUGCAAAAUAGUAUAAUAAAAAUCGAACGUUGAAAAAAGUAUUUAUAUUGUUGGUUUGCUAGAAUA